AUGAUUGUAGCAGGCAGUAGUGCCGGCCACCCCUCCUUUCGAUUUGUGGUGGAUGAGCCGCCCCGCCUGGGCGGCAAGGGCAUUGGUCCCAACCCGCUGUCCCUGCUGCUGGGCUCGCUCGCGGGCUGCACCCAGUUCACCGCUUCUAUGAUCGCCAAGGAAAUGAAGUUGGGCAGCGUGGGCAGUGUGGCCUGGUCGUCGGCAGGCGAGUAUGACCUGCGCGGCGUGCGCGGAAACGAGGACGGGGUGGACAAACGCUGCAUCGUGGCAGCCACUCUGAAGGCAUCAGGGCUGGACAUGCGGCUGAGGAUGAAGAAAGGGGUGGUGGACCACGAGUGCGAGCCCGCCUGCGCGCUGCACCAGCUGGAGGAGCAGGGAGGGGGUGCCACAGGCCAGGUGAAGGGGGACCCUGGUCGCGAUGCCGACGCUCCUCAGUUUGCGGGCGCGGAGGGGCAGGGCAGGGCGAGUGCCCGCGGCUUUGCCAGCAUGGCCCGCCGCGGGCUGCACUCCUCGGCCUCCUGGGGCCAGGAUGGCGAGGACGUGGCGCGAGAGCACAUGCAGGCAGAUAAGACACCGCAGCUGCAGAAGGAGACGAGCGAGAAGGGCGCUUCUACGACCUCCGGUGGCGCCUACUCCAGCCGCGACGACCCACGCGCGCAGGCAGCCCCGCCCACGGAGGGCAAGUCCGAGAAACAAAUCAUACAGGAGCAGGACGCGGGCGCCACCGUGCACCCCCAGACCGCGGGCAGUGCUGAAGGCGGUGCGCCCAUUGCGCCCAAGGCGCCAUCCCCGGGAUAUGCAGAGGUCAAGGCAGCUGGCAGGGAGACGGAGGCUGCCGAGGCUGCCGAGGAUGAAAGGGAGGAGGCGGAGCUGGGCAAAGACAUUGACCGCACAGACUUCCAGCCCUGGAAGGAGUAG